AUGACUCCGGCUGAGGCCUCAUUGCUCAACAAAGGACUUUAUUUUGUUCCUUCCAUAGGUAUAGAUGUGACUACACUUCUUACAGACUUAAGAAUGUUUGGGCGCAAUGUGGCACUUAAGCUUAUGCACCUGAAAGACGCUGCAUGUGUUGAACGUGUUAGGCAAGGUUCUUCCUUGAAACUUGUGGAAAAUGAAUUAUUUAAUACUGAUUUUAGUAAUAAUAAUAUUUUUUUUAAUUUAACUAGAGAUGAAUUUUUAGCUUUUGAGGAUGAGAGCUGCCAUGAGCUGCCGGCAGCACUAGUAUCCAUACUGUCACUUGUUUAUGGAGCAGUUCUUUUACUUGGAAUCGCUGGGAAUCUCACACUAAUUGUUAUUGUCCUUAAGCACAGACAGAUGCACAACAUCACGAACAUCCUUAUUGUCAACCUCUCAUUCUCUGAUCUUCUCAUGUCAAUCAUGUGUUUGCCUUUCACCCUUGUCUAUACUUUAAUGGACCACUGGAUCUUUGGAGAGGCAAUGUGCAAACUGAACCCCAUGGUACAGUGCCUUUCUGUAUCUGUCUCAGGCUUCUCCUUGGUCCUCAUUGCAAGUGAGCGCCACCAACUAAUUGUCAACUCUCAUGGAUGGAGACCAAAUAACAGGCAUGCCUACCUAGGGAUUGCUGCCAUCUGGAUACUGGCAUUUUUGGCUUCCCUUCCUUUAAUGAUUUUCCAGGUGUUGACUGAUGAACCCUUCAGAAAUCUGUCAGAAGUACUGGGGGAGCAUUAUGAUGGGAAAUAUGCAUGCACUGACAACUUUCCUUCAGAAUCUUUCCGUCUCUGCUAUACCACCUGCCUCCUGAUGAUACAAUAUCUCCUGCCUCUGUGUAUCAUAUUCAUCUGUUAUUUAAAGAUACACCUGCACUUGAAGCACCACCAGGAUGUGAUGGGAAGAAUACGAGACAAUAAGAGGAAAACCAAUGACACUCACAAAGUUAACAUCAUGCUAAUAGCUAUUGUUUCAGCAUUUGCAAUCUGUUGGCUUCCGCUUAACAUUUUCAAUAUUAUUUUUGACUGGAACCAUGAGAUAAUCCCAAGCUGUAGCCAUAACUACAUGUUUCUAAUCUGUCAUGUUGUGGCAAUGAUUUCAACAUGUGUAAACCCUGUCUUCUAUGGCUUACUCAACAAGAACUUUCGGCGAGAUUUGAACAUUAUGUUUAGAUUUAGUAAGUCUCAGCCUCGUAAAGAGGGCUAUGAGACCACUGCCAUGUCUGCUGUGCACACCGAGAUAUGCCACUUAUCUGAAGUAAACAAAUGUUCUGGGGUAAGCUGA